AUGAUCACAAUCCGUUUGAACGAUCAAUUAGAGUUUGGGCUCAAGUUUGAAAGAAGAUUUUCUGAGCUCAUGUCGGAGCUUCCAUUGCCGUUGGAAGCAUUCGAUGAGUUGAAGUCAGCAGGACUUCACGAGAUGCCCUUGCCCUGGUUCCACCAGGUGCAGUGUGUCCUUUGGCCCGAGAAAGCCACCCCGCAUGACAUUCUCACGAGCGAGGAGGUGUCCGUGAUCUGUGAAAACUACCGCAGGGGUGGUUCGGUGCGAGAGUUGGCCAAGAAAUUUUGGGAAGCCCAAGCAGCGGUCAGAAUCAGUGGAGAAGUGCAGACACCGGACAAGGUGAAGAAUUCUGAAGCUGAGGGCUAG